AGUAUCAAUCACCGCAGCCCUUUACCAUGUGAUCAGCUGUGUUCAAUCACUGAUAUCAGUGCCACCUAUUUGUACCUAUCAGUGCAGCCUCAUCAGUGCCCAUCACUGCAGCCUCAUCAGUGCCCAUCACUGCAGCCUCAUCAGUGCCCAUCACUGCAGCCUAUCAGUGCCCAUCACUGCAGCCUAUCAGUGCCCAUCUGCCUAUCAGUGCAGCCUCAUCAGCGAAGAAGAAAAAUGACUUAUUUUCUAAAUUUGCUA